UAUAUGUUUUACAGGAAGUUGAUUUCUCAUGAGGCAUUAUCUCAAUUUUGCAUCAUCAAACCAAGUUCAUUGUUAAAAAUAUUUCUUCGAAAUACUAAAAUGUAUUGCGGACUAUGACAGUUUUAUGGAUAAUUGUCCAAAGUUCCACCAGAUUUUCCUGUAAUGACCACUUCAUCGGCCCCUGGUGGCUCGACAAAUUCUUAUUUACCUCUGUGGAGCCAGGAUGAACAGUGCCUUGGUGGUUAUAAUCCUUCUGCUGCAAGUAGGAUACACCCUGUCACAAUCAUGUCCUACAACAGACUGCACUUGUGAAACUGUGUCCUCAUCAACUAAACGAAUAAUCAGAUGUCGUGACCUCAAUGCCAUGCCAACUUUUACCUCAUCUGCAGAGUUAUUUCAGAAACUGGAUCUAGAUGCAGAAAGUAAUAAUAUACAAGUGCUUCAAGCCAAUGCUUUUCAAGGAAUUCGUGUGGAAGAAAUUGACAUAACUGGUGCAAAUAUUCGAUUACAGAGUAUUCAUCAGAUGGCCUUUUCUGGAUUACAACAAGAUCUGAAAACCAUCAGGCUGCGGGGAGAUACAUCAUUGCCACCCCCUUUCGACCAAAUGCAAAACUUGACAAACCUCCAGGAAGUUCAGCUGGAAUUUUUCAAUAUGCCGAGAAUUGAAAGAAGUUCCAAAUUUAAUUAUUUUCCUAAUCUGCUCACGUUGCGGUUGCGAAACAUGCAGACAACUUUUGUGUCUGCUGAAUCAUUCACAGGUCAGUUACAAUUGAUAAAACGCUUUGAAUUUGAAAACAACAAUGUUCCAACUUUUCCACAACCCGCAAUCAAUAGGCUGCGCACUUUGGAACAUCUCUCAUGGCUUCAUAAUGGAAUGGAAACCAUACCAUCUGGAUCAUUUAGAUCUCUUAGCAAUCUUAUUGAACUGGACUUGAGAGGAAACCGGAUUGCUUUACUAGAUUAUGGAUGUUUCGAUGGAAUAACAGAAAAAAUGGAGUUUUUGGCUCUCCAUAUUAAUAAACUAAAUGAACGCAACAUCCUACCAUUGGGUAAUUAUUCAUGGCCCAAGCUAGAACAGCUUAACCUUGGUCAUAUGCAAACAGAGUUUCAAGACAUUCCUUCUGGAUUGUUCAAAAACAUGCCAAAACUAGCCAACCUAAUGCUGCCAGGCAAUAAGUUAAGGCAGAUAAAAAGUAAUGACUUUGAAGGACUUGGAAAUAUGCACUCUCUGGACUUGUCUGAAAAUUAUAUAAAUACUAUUCAUAAAGGAGCACUUGCUCACAUGCCACUUCUUGAUACUCUUGAUAUACGAGCCCAGUAUGAUGUAAGUGCCAGCAAUCCGCUUAACUUCAGCUUGGACAUCUUCAAUGGGACAGAACAAGCUAUCAAGACUCUUUUUAUACAGGACAACCAUCUGAUAGAACAACAUGCUUGGGAUGCUAUUGGAGCCAUGAAGAAUCUGAUAAACCUUGACAUUUCUAAAACAAAACUGUCUAACAUACCGUCUUUAGUUUUCUACAGUCAUAAGCAACUGGGGAGCCUUCAAAUGCAGAGUAACAAUAUUGAGGUGCUAAGGCAAGAGUCUCUGUAUGGACUAAAAGACUCUCUGGAAACCAUUAAUAUUGGUUCCAAUAAAAUAAAUGUAAUUGAUGAAUGUGUCUUCAAAGGAUUUAGCAAACUGAAGUUUGUUUUUGCAACAGGAAAUCUUCUUGCUUGUAAUUGCAAUCUCUAUGGUUUGUACCAGUUUCUCAGACAAAUUUCCGGUGGAUUUACACAAGUACCAUGUAGUUCUCCACUAGAUUUAGCAAACAGAGAGCUCUCGUCCUUGGCGACGUCUGAAUUUUGCACCAGUUUGCCUACGUUAGCUGCAUGUCCAGAGUUCACGACGACAACAGUUCCCCCCAGCACCACGACUAUAACAACCACAUCCCUCCCCGUACCAGACGUCAAGGUAGUCAUUACAAAUGUUAUCGAAAACACAAUAGUCCUCUCCUGGACCGUCACUGGGAACAUGACAUACCUGAAAAAUUUCCGGGUGCAGUACAAUCAGCUAGGAGUGGAUAAUCCAGAGAUCAAAACUUUCCCCCUAGACAAAUCAAAACGAGAUCAUCCAAUAUCUGGACUUAAACCUGCAUCCAGAUAUCAGAUAUGUUUCUAUGUUGAUCUGACUGAUCUGACACAGAAGUUAAUAGGAUGUUUUACACAACAGACAAAACCAGGCGGAGUUUUUCCAGUGACAACACCACCAUAUAAUGAACCUAACACUGGUUCAGACGAUAACACUGGUACUAUAGUUGGGGGAGUGCUGGGAGGGUUUUUGUUCAUUGCCCUCGUUGUUUUAAUCUUCGUACUCUACGUCAUCUGGCAAAGGCAGAAGAAAGAAAAAGAGAAACCCCCUCCACUGCCCCCACCAACUGGCAUAACGCCCAUUGCCAUCAACCAACACCGUCCAACAAGUCAACCCAAAGUGUACAUCCGAAAAGCAAAUGGUGAAUUGGAGGUCAUGACUAUAUCCAAUGGAAUUAGUAGUGACAGUUCUCGUUUCUCUGCUGGAAGUUACCAAAAUGUUGACCUGAACGCUGUAAGCAGUGACCCCUACCCAACCAAAGGGGCCACAGGGGGUGGGGCAAGUGCAGAAAGAACAGAGCCCUAUAAACAACAGCAUGUAAAGCUGCCUCCUGAACAGAAGCCCAAUGGAACAUUCCAGGAUAAACCUCGUUACACUCAAAUGCCGGGAAUGUCUCCACAUCCGAAGACUCACUACAUCAACGAGGUCAACAGAAUGGCAGAGAGGGACCACUACUCAAAUGCUGUGGAAACACGGCCAUUACCACAGACCCCUAACAGUCAACCAAUAUCCACUAUUUCUGGAGGGGGGUUCCUAAAUCAUGGAUUUUCCUCAAGUCCAACAGAGACUCACUCAGUGUAUAAUGAAAUUGACCCUAAUAAUACAGGAACAGUGGUGUGAUGUGAAAAUAAAGUGAUAUGCGUAUCUGUGUCAUAAAGAAAAGCAUCAAAGAGACCCUGAUUUACCAGUGGACCAGACAGUGCACAAUUAAAGUGUCCAUGGUAACAAGGGAACUAAUUCUACAAGCUUUUAAUCAUUAAGAAUUGUCAUUAGUGUGAUUUCAGUUGGAUACUUUACAUUUAAUGUGCUGAUUCAAAGUGAUAUCUACUGAUUAAAAGGCAUUACUCCUUGUCAAAUAUCUUCCAUAGUAAACAGAAAUAAAUGACAGAAGUGGCUGUAUGCCAUUAACAUUACUCCAAUAAUCAGAAAGCAACACUCAAUACAUUAUAUUCUGUGUGUCUUUCAUAUUGUUAAGACUGAGCUAGAAUCUAUGUUUUUAACAUUA